AUGGCAGAGUUUUGGUACAAUACUUGCCAUCACUCUGCUAUUGAGUUAACUCCUUAUGAAGCACUUUAUGGCAGACCUCCUCCAUUGCAUUUACCUUACCUGCCAGGGGAGUCCUCAUCUGCUGAGGUGGAUAAUACCCUCAUCAAUAGAGAACUGAAACUACAAUUGUUGAGGCAUCAUUUGAUACGCGCUCAGUUGAGGAUGAAACAACAAGCUGAUAAACAUAGAAGUGACAGAAGUUUUUCAGUUGGUGAUUGGGUAUACUUCAAGGUCAGGCCUUACAGACAAGUGACUAUAUCCGAGACUCUUCAUCACAAGCUCGCUGCUAAAUACUAUGGCCCAUUACAGAUUAUUAGAAAGGUUGGUCCAGUAGCAUAUACUUUGCUCUUUCCAGAUUCUGUGAAGAUUCAUCCAACAGUACAUGUGUCCCUCUUAAAGAAGUGUUAUGAAGUUCCUUCCCUGGUCACCUAUCCACCAACCACUGAUUUAGCAAAUCCCCAUUGUUUAGACCCUGAAGCCAUAUUGCAGCGAAGGAUGGUUAAGAAAGGUAAUAAGGCAGUGACGCAGGUCUUGGUGAAGUGGAAAGAUUUGUCGGCAGACGCUGCUACUUGGGAGUACUCGAACAUCCUUAAGACCAGAUUUCCAUCUUUUGAUCCUUGA